CCUUCUUUUCUUGAUCCUGUCAAGUGGAUAUUAGUAACUUUUUUCUUCUUCCACUUUCUGUUCCCCGAACAAAAAGCUACUGUUUCCGUCACUUCCUUGUCUACAAACCCAAAUUUCUGCAAUCCAAAUCUCAAUUUCAUGGCUUUCCUGAAAUGGGUGUUUCUGAUUUUCUCUCUUUAUUCGUCUAUGCCAACACCCAUUUCUUCAAACCCUUCACUAAACAAGGAAGCCUUAGCUCAAAUCCCAAUCAACUUCCUUGAGUUUGCCAAAAAACCAGAGAUUCUGGAUUGGAUGGUUGGUCUUCGAAGAAAAAUACAUGAAAAUCCUGAACUUGGUUUUGAAGAAUAUGAGACUAGUAAGCUUAUAAGAGCUGAGCUUGAUCAGAUGGGUAUCCCUUACAAAUACCCAGUUGCUGUUACUGGCAUUAUUGGGUAUAUUGGCACUGGCCAGCCUCCUUUUGUCGCACUUAGAGCUGAUAUGGAUGCUCUUGCAAUGGAGGAACUGGUGGAGUGGGAGCACAAAAGCAAGGUUCCUGGAAAGAUGCAUGCUUGUGGACAUGAUGCUCAUGUUGCUAUGCUUCUUGGUGCGGCAAAGAUGCUUCAAGAACAUCAAAAUGAUUUGCAGCAGGGAACAAUUGUUCUUGUUUUCCAACCGGCUGAGGAAGGGGGCGGGGGAGCCAAAAAAAUGUUAGAUGCUGGAGCUUUAGAGAAUGUUGAUGCCAUCUUUGCACUCCAUGUAUCUUCUAGAUUCCCAGUUGGUGUUGUGGCCUCCCGUCCUGGCCCAAUUUUAGCUGCAACCAGUUUCUUUGAGGCUGUAAUAAAUGGAAAGGGGGGGCAUGCUGCUAUUCCUCAGCAUACGGUAGACCCAAUUUUAGCAGCUUCCAAUGUGAUUGUUAGCUUGCAACAUCUAAUUUCACGUGAAGCUGAUCCCUUGGAUUCUCAGGUGGUAAGCAUUGGAAAAUUCCAAGGGGGUGGUGCAUUUAACGUCAUCCCAGAUUCUGUUACCAUUGGUGGCACUUUCAGGGCAUUUUCAAAAGAAAGCUUUGUUAAACUCAAACAAAGGAUUGAGGAGGUUAUUAUGAAACAAGCAAGUGUACAGAGAUGCAAUGCAACUGUCAUCUUUGAUGAAAAGUCCUCUUACCCUGUGAGCUUAAACAACAAAGAGUUGCAUGAAUAUUUCAGAAAGGUUGCAGGAGACAUGUUGGGCCUUGAGAACAUCGUAGAAAUGCAACCAAUUAUGGGAGGAGAGGAUUUUGCAUUCUUUUCGGAGGCUAUUCCAGGACUUUUCUUCUUUCUUGGAAUGAAGAAUGAGACUCAAGGACAAUUUCAUUCAGGGCACUCACCCUACUAUAGAGUGAAUGAGGAUAUACUUCCAUAUGGUGCAGUCCUACAUGCAUCAUUGGCAACAAGGUACCUCCUGGAAAAUCUACCCAAGCAUACUUCACCACCAAAAGGAAGUUAUCAUGAUGAACUCUGAGCGGAUAAAACUCUUGUGAUGUCAAGUAGUAUCUAGUUGUAUAACUCAUCCUGACUACUAUGAACUAAUUUGAGUUUGAUGCUAGUAAUAGCUACGUGCUUAAGUUUGAAUGAUUGUCAAGAAUCUUGAUCAACUCAAUCUUCUAUUGUUUAGUGCAAGUGUCACGGAUUCACAUUUUCAAUUAAAAAAACAUAAUUCAUGACAUUUUACUUCACUUAAUUGUGCAA